UGUAAGCCUUGCAUAAGUAAACAAAAACAGUCCCAACCUUCUAGAGCGCACAUGAAAGCUUCUUCCAAAAUACAUCUGGUGAUAUUUUCCUCAUUACCUUCCUCUUGAAUCCCCUUUUGGUGGCCAAAUUUAAAGACGUACACUUAAUUUUUUUAACAUAUUGGGGAGAGGUGGUAAAAGAGGAUGAUCUGCUCUCUCCUUUGGCAUUUUAUUGCAUGUUCAGCAAGGGAUUCUGGAGGGAGCUGCUAUUUACCUUGCCUGUUUUAGGCAAACACGGUAGAACUGACUAGAGUAGAAUCAUGUUUUUCUCACAUGUAGCUUCAUUGCAUUGUUUGCUGCAGACACUGUUUCUCCAGCCCUCCUUUACCAUACUCCCAAAACUGGUGCUGCUAAAAAUAUCUCAGUUAGGCAGUAGUGCAUUGACUAUGGAUGCUUUACAGAACUUCACCUUGACUCUGGAAGAUACUUUCAAGAAGACGUUCAUCACAUAUAUGAACAAUUGGCGCAGAAACGACACGAUUGAAGAAGACAAGUUGCAAGAUAGACUUGACGUUGAAAACCUAGACUAUGUCAUUAUGUAUCUCAUGGUGAUGAUUGGCAUCUUCUCCUUCAUUGUUGUGGCCAUCUUAGUGAGCACUGUGAAAUCAAAGAGGCAAGAGCACUCCAACGACCCGUAUCACCAAUACAUUGUUGAUGACUGGGGUGAAAAGAUCAAAAGUCCUAUUCCACUCCAAGACGACCUUAAAGCCACCAUCCAUGAAAAUGCUGGGGCGAAAAACAAAGUUUAGCCCUGGAUCUGCUUGAUCUGUGGAAGAAAUCACUAGAAUCUGAAUGAAGAAGUACAAGCAUAAUUCUCAAUUGAAAUUUGCACAAAAUUGUGUGGCAAGCUUUCAAGAUCUCCAGAAGUUACAAAAUUCUGGUAGGAGUAGGAUGGUGGAGGGAGAGAGAAGACUAACUUGAUUUUGAGGAUUCAUGAUCUUGCCACGGUUAGAGUCUUUAACAGAAAUGGAGGAAGAGGCAGAGAUUUCUGAGGAUGUGGUUCUUCCCUGAUAUACUAUAAAUACCACCGAGCAAGGAUUUUGAAAUCUAUAUAACUAUAUUAAAUGGGAGUAAAUUGGUUUGUAUUUGGAAACUACAUGCAGUAGCUCUUUUGAAAACAUUUCCAAGGGUGGAUAACGGAGUACAGAUUGCUAGGAAGAAGAUACUUCUACUGCCUUACUAGGAGACGUAGGCGGCCGUCGUAAGAGUUAUCUAAACCAACUCAUAUUCCUUGUCUGUCCUCCUAUUCACUUCAUCUAGCUUGUGGGUAGAAGAGGAAGGAAAAAACGAAUGUGAUGGACAUCAUCUUUUCUAUCUGCUGGCACUGAGUCAUCCCUUCCUCCACAGGCGGCCUCUAGAUAUAACUGUCCUGUGCAAAAGAGAAGAAGCAAUGAACUGCUUUGCCAAUGUCACCAACUCUUUGAACAGCCCACUAUCAUAAUGAAAUGUGAUUGAAACCUGAAAUAAUAAAAAUGAUUCAAAUAAAGAUA